UUUUUUCGGGAACUUUACACAAAACCUCACAUUUUCUAAAACUUUAUAAAAGUAUAUUAUAAUAAUAAAUUCAACAAAAUAUCCCAUUUUUUUUUUAAUUUACUAGUUAUUGUGAUAUGAAGAUUAAAGUUAUUGAAAUUCUGGGAAAGAUUUAGGCGCACUGAUAAGCCAUGAAGAGGGCGCACGAAAUUUUUGUGAAUCUUAUCAAUUACAAUUCGAUAAGAUUAAUAUAUUGAUAGUAAAUUGACCACAUUUUGAGAAUAUACUUAGAAAAUUAAUUUUGUUGUUCAUUGUAAUAUAAAGCAUGUCAAAUAAUUUCACAGAAACUUUUAAAAGGGCGAACAUUCGUGCCAAUACUUUGGGAAAUUACCAAAAAUCAACUGUUAAUCCUAAUUUUCAAGAAAUUCACAAUGAGAGGCACGAGAAAGAAAUGCAUCUGUGGGAUUCAUUUAAACAAUUCCCUCCAAAACCUAAAAGUGGUUCAACAGUGGAACAUAAAGGCUACGAACGUUUUAUAAAAUGUCUAAAAGUUUUCGUUUAUUUAAUUAUUUUUUUAGCAAUUCUCUUUUUUAGUAUAAUUUCAAAAUGCAGUAUUUUUUUUGCCACUUCAAAUAUUAAUUUACAAUUUGUUGAUUUCUGUGGUUCAGAUGCUCACGAUUCUUCAAAUCAACAACUUUUUGCAAUUUUACCACAGAAUGAACGUAUUGCGUGGAUGUGGUGCAUAAUAAUGGCAUUUAUCAUUCCAGAAGUGUUAGGAAUGAUUAGCGCAAUUAAAGCUUGCAUAUUCAAGAGUAUUAAAAAAGAUGAACUUCCAUCAAUGAGAAAUUUUUUGUUUUCAAUAUUUAUUGAAAUUUUACACAGUAUAGGAAUGUCUUUAUUAUUUUUAAUUUGUCUACCGGGUCUUAAUGUACUUCAAGCAGCUUCAAUUAUAAGUUGCGUCUGUUUUGUACCCAGUUUACUUGCUUUUGUGGGAAGUGGUACGAAAUAUUUCCAUAAUCGUGAGUUAAAAACUCUUUUUUCUGUUAUGGCUGAUGGUUUAGCAUUUACUUUACAAAUGACAGGAAUAUUAGCAAGUAUUUUUUUUGAACAUAAAGGAAGAUCAGAAUCAAUGUAUAUUCUUCCAAUAGCUUUAAUUUUAUCUUCACUUCGCUGGUGGCCAAAUUAUGUCUCCACUGAAGGAGUGUCAGAAACCUGGUUAAGUAAAAUAAAAGAAGAUUUAGAAUCAACAAGAUUCUGCUUGCAAGGUGUUAUAGCGAUAAUUAGGAUAAUUGUUUUUCUAAUGAGUGCUGUAUUAAUUGUUCAUUGGAAAAAAUAUGAUUUAAAUGAAUUUUUUAAUGGAUUCUGGAUAAAUGAAUAUAUUAUUCCUAUUUUAAAUUCUCCAGAUACAGCUAAUUCACCUAUAAUAACGUUAAAUAAAAGUUCUUCGAUGCAACUUCAUUUUCUACUCGUACAUGCAUUCAGCAGUCUCUUCGCUUAUGCAUUUGGUAAAUUUGCGUGUAAAACUUUAAUGCACAGAUUUGGAUUUGCAUUACCUCUUGUAUUAACUACGCCAACAAUCAUUGGCGUUCUUUAUGCCGUUUACAAUUUAAGGGAUAAAAAUACUUGUGCUUUUCAUGGAUUUAUUCCUGAUUAUGUUUUUUUUGAUGUUCCUAAUUUGCAAUCACCUGAAAUGAUAAUUUCAGAAUGGUAUAUUUGGUUAUCGUUCUUUUGGUGGAUUUCACAAAUUUGGAUUACAUCUCACACGUGGACUUCCACAUGCGAAAGAUUAGCUAAAGCUGAACGUAUUUUUGUUAUUUUAACUUAUGAUUCUCUUGUUAUUGAUCAGUGUUUGGCGUUAAAUCGAAGAAAGGAACAAAGUGAAUACAAAAGUGUUCCAUUAAAAACGGAAAAUAAUAUUAAAGGCAAUGAAUGUCUGACAAUUAUUAAAGCUUGUGCGACAAUGUGGCAUGAAACUGAAAAUGAAAUGAAUAAAUUAAUUAGCAGUAUAUUAAGAUUAGAUAAAGAUAAUUGUGCCAUGCGAGUUGUUCAAGAACAUUUUGAUGUUCGUAUUCCUGAUUAUUAUGAUCUUGAAAUUCAUAUCUUUUUUGAUGAUGCAUUUCAGUGUGUACAUAAAUGCUAUGGAAAUUGUAUAAAUGAAAAUGAAACCCAAGUAAAUGAAUAUGUUAUUAAAUUUGUGAAAACAGUGGAAAAAAAUUUAAAGAAAAUGAAAAUGCGAACGAGACCACCUGAAAAAUGUCCUACUCCAUUUGGUGGACGUUUGAAAUGGACAUUACCGGGUGGAUGUAAUUUAAUUGUUCAUCUAAAAGACAAAAAUAAAAUUCGUCACAGAAAACGAUGGAGUCAGGUAAUGUACAUGUACUAUUUGCUUGGCUACAAUCUAAUGGAAUUACCAAUUGAUUUAGAUAGAAAAGUGAAAAUUGCAGAGAACACUUAUAUUUUAACUCUGGACGGUGAUAUAGAUUUUCAUCCAAACGCUGUUAAAACUUUAAUAGAUUUGAUGAAAAGAGAUGAAAGUUUAGGUGCUGCUUGUGGUCGUAUUCAUCCAAUUGGAAAAGGUCCAAUUGUGUGGUUCCAAAAAUUUGAAUAUGCCAUUGGCCAUUGGCUUCAAAAAUCAACAGAGCAUACAAUUGGUUGUGUUCUCUGCAGUCCAGGUUGUUUUUCACUUUUUCGAGCAAAAGCACUUAUGGAUUAUAAUGUUAUGAGAAAAUAUGCAACAGAAUCGACUGAAGCAAGACAUUAUAUUCAAUAUGAUCAAGGAGAAGAUCGAUGGCUUUGUACACUUAUUUUACAAAUGGGUUAUAGGGUGGAAUAUUCAGCGGCAAGUGAUGCUUACACUCAUGCACCAGAAAAUUUUAAUGAAUUUUUUAUUCAACGUCGACGAUGGAUCCCAUCGACAAUGGCUAAUAUUUUUGAUUUAUUGAGUACAUCUGAUGAAACGAGACAUUGUAAUAAUGAUAUUUCGUGGUUGUAUAUAUUUUAUCAAUGGGUAUUAAUGGGAGCUACUAUUAUUGGACCAGGAACGAUUUUUCUAAUGUUAGUGGGAGCUUUCGUUUCUGCUUUUCGAAUCGACAAUCAGACAAGUUUUUUCUUCAAUUUCAUUCCAUUAUUGUCAUUUGUAUUUGUAUGUCUCUAUUGCAAAGAAUCAAUACAACUAAAGAUGGCGCAAAUAAUUUCAUCUAUUUAUGGUUUAAUUAUGGGCAUUGUCUUAGUUGGCAUAAUGCUUCAAAUUUCUGAGGAUGGACUUCUUGCACCAAGCACUUUGUUAUUCUUCAUAAUAACUGGUCAAAUAAUAAUAGGAGGAUUACUUCAUCCUAGAGAAGUGUCUUGUCUUAUUUGUAUAAUUAUUUAUUACAUUACUGUACCUUCUAUGUACAUGCUUUUAAUUAUUUUUGCUCUUUUUAAUCUUCACAAUAUCUCUUGGGGAACACGAGACGUUAAACCACCUACCACUGUUGCUAAUCCAGAAACUAAUGAAGAAGAAAUUGAAAAGAAUGCAGAUAAGAAAGCAAACAAUACAUUUUCAAGUAUUAAAGAUUUAAUUGAUUUUUCUGUGGAUAAAUUAUUUAAAUGUUGUACGCACAGUGAAGAAACUAAAGAAGAAAUGAAACUCAAUUAUUGUAUUCAAACGCUCUCUCGAUUAGAGGAAAGACUGAAAAUAAUCGACGCAAAAAUCGAUGAAAAUCCUGCGUCACUUGUAGAAUGUAUGAAUUCGAUAAUAACUGAAAAGGAAUGUUCAGUUAAUUCAGCACCAUGUAAAUCAGAUAAGGACAGUGUUAUUGAUAUUAAUACAGAACAAGAGACAUUAUCGGAUAAAGGAAGUUCCAGUUAUAGAACACGUAUAGAAUCUGGCUAUGAAUUUGAAGAGUCUGAUGAUUGUUCAUCAGAAAGUGAGAGUAUCAAUGAAGUGAAAAACUAUUCAGAAUCUGUAAAAAAUGAGACUGACUUUAAUGUUAAUCCUCCAUGGAUAUUUGAUGCUGAAUUGGGAAAAGGAGAAGUGAGUUUUAUCACCAAACCAGAAGAAACAUUUUGGAAUGACUUAAUUGAAUCUUAUUUAAAACCAAUUCCUAUGGAUGAAGAAACUAAAAAGAAAAAUAAAAAAGUUGCAAAAGAAUUGAAAGAUUUACGAAACAAGUAUGUUUUUCAAUUUUUAAUGAUAAAUGCAUUAUAUAUACUAAUGAUUUUUGUGAUGCAAUUGAAUAAGGAUAAACUUCACAUUGAAUGGCCAUUUGGAGCAACUUACAAUAUUACCUAUAAUAUUGAAAAUCCAUUUAUUGUCAAUGUUGAAGAAUAUUAUUUACGCCUUGAACCAAUUGGUUGUCUUUUCAUCGUUACAUUCUUUAGCAUUAUUUUUAUUCAAUUUAUAGCAAUGUUAAUUCAUCGAUUUGAAACAUUUUCUCAUUUGUUGGCUCAAACGUCUUUGGAUUUGUACUUCUUCAAAAAAACUGGUCUUUCAGAUGAAACUAUUGUUAAUAGAUAUCACGAUAUAUUUUCCAAAUAUCUUCUAAAAGCUUACGAUAAAAUGCUUCACGGUGAUGAAACAAGAGCUAUGAAACCACCGGGAACUCGAAAAACUAUUCCUGACUUUACCGAACGCAAGGAAUCAUUUAUAAUAGACAAUUUUGAUAAACUAUUUCAUGAAUAUUUGGAUAGAAGUGAUUUAGCUGAAAAAUCUGGAAAGUUUAAUAAAAGUGCUAUUAAUGUUAUGAAUCAUCGUUCUACUAUUCAUAGGACACAAAAGAAAGAAGAAAAUUCGAGUCCUAUUUAUGAAAGUGCAUAUGAUUUACGAAAAAGUACACCGAAAGAAGGAAAAGGAAUUAUUGAAAAUAAUUCUUUUGACAAUAACGGCUUCAUUUCAGACUAAUUUGCUCAUUAUAUUUAUAUAUUCAAACAAUUUUCACCUAUAUAGGUGAUUCUCCGUAAAAUGGGUAAUUUCAUGUCUUUGAAUUAUAUCUUCUAAACAUCUUAACAUUUAAUUAUCAACAUUGAACGAAAAUAUUGUAUAAACAUUCCUUAACUAUUAUACCUUAUAAAAUACUAUAUUUUUGUACAUAAA